UUUGAGCCAUCGCGGCUCCCGUAGCGGCAGGAGGAGCAGGGGGAGGAGGAGGAGAGCAUGACUGGUCCCUUUGACGUGGAAAUAUUUCCGUAAAGAGACGAUGGAGGAGUAGCAGCAGCGUGUAGCACGAAGGUAUCCCGCAAUAACCUUAUAUCGAGACACGGGAUUUAGCCCGGUUCCCGGUCGGGUCUGGAUCCACGGGAGUUACCGGACUACAGUCUGUGACGGACUGAACCCAUUGUGUUCCCCCCGCCUCCCUCCAUUCAGCUACAAUCAUGAUUAAAGCCAUUUUAAUAUUCAACAACCAUGGGAAACCGAGGCUGUCUAAAUUCUACGAACAUUAUAGUGAAGACACAGAGCAACAGAUCAUCAGGGAAACCUUCCACUUGGUCUCGAAAAGAGAUGAGAACGUGUGUAAUUUCCUCGAAGGUGGAAUGUUGAUUGGAGGAUCAGACUACAAGCUGAUCUACAGACACUACGCCACACUGUACUUUGUGUUCUGUGUGGACUCCUCAGAGAGUGAACUAGGAAUCUUAGACUUAAUCCAAGUAUUUGUGGAGACGCUGGACAAAUGCUUUGAGAAUGUCUGUGAACUUGACUUAAUUUUCCAUGUAGACAAGGUGCACAACAUCCUUGCAGAGAUGGUGAUGGGCGGGAUGGUCCUGGAGACCAACAUGAAUGAAAUCAUCACACAGGUGGACGCCCAGAACAAGAUGGAGAAGUCUGAGGCGGGUAUUGCAGGAGCGCCUGCUCGUGCCGUAUCAGCUGUAAAGAACAUGAACCUCCCGGAAAUGCCCAGAAACAUCAACAUUGGUGACAUCAGCAUAAAAGUGCCAAAUUUACCCUCCUUCAAAUAGUGGCAGCGAGAGAUCCUGAACCUACAGAUGUCAGCCAAUGUUUACCAUGAUGCAAUCUGUUUACCAAAACCUCAAAUUACUUACUCUUUUCAAAACAAAACCUCCUGAAGGUACUGUGUGAUUUGACACUCCUUGUUCUGGUGUUUUCUCUUUGUUUUUCCUGUUUAAGCAAAGAAUGUUUUACUUGUUUGUUUGUUUGUUUGUUUGUUUGUUUGUUUGGUUUUUUUCUGUUUGAAGGAAAAUAAAGUAUUUAUUUAUCACUGGUACAUUCCCUCUGCCUCACAGGAGGUUGGCCCUUGGUGUUUAGCUGCUACACUGCAGAUCUGUGACAGUUUGAAACUGAAAUAUUUCAAGUGUUUACAUGGGUUAUAAAGCUGGGGAUGAAGUCUUUGGACGGUCAUAGUAGUUUGCUUAUUCCAGGUUAAAGAAACGGAUCAGUGGAGUAGAGUAUGAAAACAUUUCAAGUACCAAAAUGGAACAGGUCUGCUUUAGUAUUGACAGUCAUACAGCUUGUUUGUAAAAUCAUUGCAAACAAUAAAGAAUAUUAUUAUAUUACAGAUAUGCUCUGUGACAGAAUUAUGGAUAUAUAUCUGAAACAUUUUUUUUCUUGUUUGUAUGCAAAAUAUUUUUAAAUGAUUUAUCAUGUCUUAUUAAAUACUUCUCUUAAUUUUAA